CUGACCCCACUGAGUAGAAGUACGGACACCAUGUCAUAUGUCCCUUGCGUUUUGUCAUUGAACUUGGCCCUCUCUUUUCUCUCAGCUCUUCUCUACCCCCACCCAAGCUUGACUUAAGGAAUACUUCUCUUUAGCCAUUUUGUGACCAGUAUUCACAGGUUAUACAAGGACACUAUUGACUCAAAUGUACGUCCUUUUAUAUAAUUACAUUCUUUUAUGGAGUAGGAGGCUUCUUUUUGUUAUUUAACAGCAGGGCUUUCCUUUAAUUUUUUUGUUUUGCUACUUACCAAAUUGGGAAAGCAAUAUCAAAAUGCCAGGAUAGUAUAUAGGUAACCACUGGUUCUUAAAUCAAGUGCAGGAGCACAUGGAGGGGAAAAAAAAAAAAAAAAGGUAUUCCAGAAAUCUUAAUGAACCUCUUUUCUCCUUCAGGGCUCUCACAGUGCCCUUUUUUCCUAACUGUGUUACUUUGAUUUGCUCUUGUUGUGUUUGGUAGGCAGCUGUUGGCAGUUUUUCCCUGGCUGCUCCUUUUUCUGCAAUCCUACCAUCUCCCCCCACACGCCCCCCCCAGCCGAGGAGGCUCUUUCAUUUUGCCCUGCAGCAUCUCCGUGUAUUGCAGAGCCGAGCCCUGCCAUCUAGAUUGCCUUUCUGCUUCAUUUUGCUCCUGACCUAAACCCCCCUGCUAUUCCAGGCCUGGCCUCUCAUGACCAGAGACUGCUGACUCAUCCUGGCCUGUGCCAAGCUGUGCAGUCGCUUAGCGAUGUGGACAGGAGUCGAAGGACUAGAAUGAGAUCACUGAACUCAUUUCACUUGUUGCUUACGGUACAGUCCAGCAUGAGCUGGAAAUGUAGGAACCUCAGCCUCCCGAGCAGAAAGAGUAAGUAGAUUACACACACUGCAUCACCAAGUCCUCAACAAGCAGUGGUCGGGAGGUGGGUGGGGGCCGGCUUUCUCAUGGCCCUGGCUGUGGCCAGGGCAUUCCGGUUCAUCAGGAGUGUUCCUUUGUCCUCUCUUCUUCCUCUCCUCCACAGUCGUACCCUCCCCCGCUUCCCUGAACUUCCCUUCUGAAAAUGUCCGGAUGGCACAGCAAUGAUCUGGGCAGAAAUGAAAUUUUGCUAAUAAGCAGGCUCUGCAAGAAAUCCUGGAACAGUGACACUGUUGAAACUGCUUCGUUUAGUUUGUCUACUGGGAACUCACAUGAACUUCCCAACAGAAUUCAAGGGGAUAAAAAAAAUCAUUUUUGGUGUGUGUGUGUGUGUGUGUUUUUUUUUUUUUUUUUUUUUUUUUCCUUGAUUCUCUUUUUCUUUCUGUUUUGAGGGAGGUAGUUUCAGGAGACAUGGCUGCAUUCUGGUGUGGUGUAAAGUUUUCCGUCGGGAGACAAUAAUGUACAUUCCUCUGGCAGGACGGGAUGGGGUUUUUUUUGUUUCUCUUGCUGUUGUUUAUUUAUAAGACAUUUCCUCUCAGUUAGUGGAAGUUAGAUCGUAAGAGGCUCCAGUGAUUUUCCUUCCACCUCCCCUCCCUAAUUUCUGUGCUUCAGCACUCUGGAACACUGUGAACUCGACAAACUAAUCAGAGCAGGGAGCUUAGCAGCCAGGCCUGGACACUCUCAAGAGACUGUGCUGAUUCUCAGUCGACACUCCUUGGGAUCAGGAACCACAGUCCUGUUCUGUGACCAUCAGUCUGUGGCCUGACCCUUCUCUUUAUAUGCAGCCGCUCUCUGUUCCCUGCCCCAAUGAACAUCUGCACUAGGCCCAAGCCUUGGAGUGAUUUACCUGAAGAGUGACACCAUUUAUUUGGAAACUACUAUGAGGAAACUGAAGCCCAGAGAGGUGAAGUGAGGUGCCCAAGGCCACACAGCAAGUUAGAGGCACAGCUAGUACCAUAGCUCAAGUCUCCUGACUCCCAGUCCAGUGCUCCUCCCAUUACUCCACGGGUCCUGUCUCUAAGCUUCCUGACAAAUGCUAGAACGGUAAACCUCCACUAGUAUUUUUCCAGACCAUGUUAAAACUCUUAAGGGGGAAAAAAGGAUGCUUUCUUGGAUAAUGUCAGCCAUACGUAGCUCAAUCUGUCUAAAGUUCUGGGACAGGGUCUUUUUAUGCAGCCAACAGAGUCCAAAUGUGGUGCUGUUUGCUUGGCCCAUAUGCUUUCAUGUGUUCCCAGUUAGGCCAUUACUGGAGGGAAAAAAACAAGAAUCAGCUUGUUUUAAAACAAGGGACAUACUGGACUCCCUCCCAUCCCCCCUCAGAAAAAAAAAAAAAAAUCAAGUUAUCUUUAACAGAUUCUAAAAAUGCCUUUUCCCAAAUAUGCAGUCAGUUCCUUCAAAGGGCCCUUUGUUUAUUUUCAGGAAGAAACCCAAGACAGCUGAAAACCAGAAGGCAUCUGAGGAGAAUGAGAUUACUCAGCCGGGUGGAUCCAGCGCCAAGCCGGGCCUUCCCUGCCUGAACUUUGAAGCUGUUUUGUCUCCAGACCCGGCCCUCAUCCACUCCACACAUUCACUGACAAACUCUCACGCUCACACCGGGUCAUCUGAUUGUGACAUCAGUUGCAAGGGGAUGACCGAGCGCAUUCACAGCAUCAACCUUCACAACUUCAGCAAUUCCGUGCUCGAGACCCUCAACGAGCAGCGCAACCGUGGCCACUUCUGUGACGUGACGGUGCGCAUCCACGGGAGCAUGCUGCGUGCACACCGCUGUGUGCUGGCAGCCGGCAGCCCCUUCUUCCAGGACAAGCUGCUGCUGGGCUACAGCGACAUCGAGAUCCCGUCCGUGGUGUCGGUGCAGUCGGUGCAAAAGCUCAUUGACUUCAUGUACAGCGGCGUGCUGCGCGUCUCGCAGUCGGAAGCCCUGCAGAUCCUCACGGCCGCCAGCAUCCUGCAGAUCAAAACAGUCAUCGAUGAGUGCACGCGCAUUGUGUCGCAGAACGUGGGCGAUGUGUUCCCGGGGAUCCAGGACUCGGGCCAGGACACGCCACGGGGCACUCCCGAGUCGGGCACAUCGGGCCAGAGCAGCGACACCGAGUCGGGCUACCUGCAGAGCCAUCCGCAGCACAGCGUGGACAGGAUCUACUCGGCGCUGUACGCAUGCUCCAUGCAGAACGGCAGUGGGGAGCGCUCCUUCUACAGCGGUGCGGUGGUCAGCCACCAUGAGACUGCGCUCGGCCUGCCCCGUGACCACCACAUGGAGGACCCCAGCUGGAUCACGCGCAUCCACGAGCGUUCGCAGCAAAUGGAGCGCUACCUGUCCACCACCCCCGAGACCACGCACUGCCGCAAGCAGCCCCGGCCAGUGCGCAUCCAGACCCUGGUGGGCAACAUCCACAUUAAGCAGGAGAUGGAGGACGAUUACGACUACUAUGGGCAGCAAAGGGUGCAGAUCCUGGAGCGCAACGAGUCCGAGGAGUGCACGGAAGACACCGACCAGGCGGAGGGCACUGAGAGUGAGCCCAAGGGCGAAAGCUUCGACUCGGGCGUCAGUUCCUCCAUCGGCACCGAGCCUGACUCGGUGGAGCAGCAGUUCGGGCCCGGCGUGGCACGGGAUGGCCAGGCCGAACCUGCCCAAGCCGAGCAAGCCACGGAAGCUCCCGCCGAGGGCGGCCCACAGCCGCACCAGCUAGAGACAGGUGCCUCCUCCCCGGAAAGAUGCAACGAGGUGGAGAUGGACAACACGGUCAUCACUGUCAGCAACAGCUCCGACAAGAGCGUCCUGCAGCAGCCUUCCGUCAACACGUCUAUCGGGCAGCCAUUGCCAAGUACCCAGCUCUACUUACGCCAGACAGAAACCCUCACCAGCAACUUGAGGAUGCCUCUGACCUUGACCAGCAACACACAGGUCAUUGGCACAGCCGGCAACACCUACCUGCCGGCCCUCUUCACUACCCAGCCCGCGGGCAGUGGCCCCAAGCCUUUCCUCUUCAGCCUGCCGCAGCCCCUGGCAGGCCAGCAGACCCAGUUUGUGACAGUGUCCCAGCCUGGCCUGUCGACCUUUACUGCACAGCUGCCAGCGCCACAGCCCUUGGCCCCAUCUGCAGGCCACAGCACAGCCAGUGGGCAGGGCGAAAAAAAGCCUUAUGAGUGCACUCUCUGCAACAAGACUUUCACCGCCAAACAGAACUACGUCAAGCACAUGUUCGUACACACAGGUGAGAAGCCCCACCAAUGCAGCAUCUGUUGGCGCUCCUUCUCCUUAAAAGAUUACCUUAUCAAGCACAUGGUGACACAUACGGGAGUGAGGGCGUACCAGUGUAGCAUCUGCAACAAGCGCUUCACCCAGAAGAGCUCUCUCAACGUGCACAUGCGCCUCCACCGCGGGGAGAAGUCCUACGAGUGCUACAUCUGCAAAAAGAAGUUCUCCCACAAGACCCUGCUGGAGCGGCACGUGGCCCUGCACAGUGCCAGCAACGGGACCCCUCCCGCGGGGACACCGCCCGGCGCCCGCGCUGGCCCCCCGGGGGUGGUGGCGUGCACGGAGGGGACCACUUACGUCUGCUCCGUCUGUCCCGCCAAGUUUGACCAAAUCGAGCAGUUCAACGACCACAUGAGGAUGCACGUGUCUGACGGAUAAGUAGUCCCUUUCUCUCUUUCUUACGAACAAAACGACAGAAAAGAAACAAACAAAAAAAAAGCUAUGGCACUAGAAUUUAAGAAAUGUUUUGGUUUCGUUUUUACUUUCUGUUUUUGUUUUUGUUUCGUUUCAUUUUGUACUACAUGAAGAACUGUUUUUGCCUGCUGGUACAUUACAUUUCCGGAGGCUCGGGUGAAUGAGAGUUUUCCCAGCCUCCCUCGGAUGGUGGCCUUAAGGCCUGGUAGUGCUUCAGGAGGUCCACUGGUUGGAUCUCUCGCUACUGGCCUCUAAAUACAACCCUUCUUUACAAAAAAACAAAACAAAAACCAGAAAACAAAAAACAAAAAACAAAAAAAAAAAAACAAAAAAAAUCU